AUGACGGGAAUGCUAAUCCUGAUCAGCAUUUUGCUCAUCGUUCUCACAAUACUGCUAAGAGCCCUGAAGGAUAAAAGUGGAAAUGCCAAACCGAUCCAAAAGCACAAUGACAAAGUUAAGGGAAAAAGUAAAGAAGCCCCUAAACAGAAAAAACAAACAGGUAGUGGUACUGCCAAAAGUGUAACCAGCAGCACUCCCCAUGUCAUGUUUGAUAAAAAUGUGGUUGCCCUAAAGGGUAAUAACUACCCCGUAAGUGUAUGCGUAAAUGGAGAAUGUGGAACCAUCGCCAUCAGCUGCAACAACGGCAACUUGCAAUUCCACAAGAUCGGCAAAGAUGGCUCAAACAAAAUCACCCUGAGCAAAAAGCUAGACGAGGUGUACAGCUGCAUAGCCAUAAACGAAGAGGCAACACAUCUGACAGCGGUGACUGAACUAUAUUCAACGCUAAGAAUAUUUAAAAUAGGAAAAGUAGAAAGAAGUAUCAAAAGCAUUUGUCCCUCACUGGAAGGGAAAAAGGAACUGCAUAAGAAAGACGUGAAAUUUCUGUACAUGCAUAAAAACUCUUUUAUAAUUACGGGAUCCGAGUUGGAUGAGACGGAGGUAAAGAUCUGGGACAUGAAGGGGGACCUUUUAAAAAUCGUCAGCAUCAAACAGGUUUAUAAUUACGACUAUGCGGUUUCGAAGAUGGCUAGAUUCUUCGGAGUCGCUUGCUGGUCCCCGGACAUCAAAAUAUUUGAGAUAAAGCAAAAGGAAAAUAACUUCCACAGCAUCGACAAGGUCAUGGAUUUAAAAACCAGCUCGGGCACCAAGUGCGUCUGCUUCAGCGACGACGAGGAAAAGGCAUUCCUAAUUGACAAAAAUGGAAUUCUCGCUUCGUACAAUUUGAACGUGCGCUAUAAGCUUCAAGAGGAGUCUAAAAUUUUGUACAAAAAGGAUUUGAAGGAAUACCACUUGGAAGAUUUCUCCCGAAUGUGCCUAUCGGGUGACUCCAACCACAUCAUCGCAACUUCUGGGUGCAAUGUGAUAAUUCUGAAGCAAGAUGAUUUACAGUUUGUACACAAAAUAAUGGAUGCCCACCAGGGUGAGAUAUUUGGAGUCCUCCCCAUGCCAGGCACAUCCCGUUUUGUUACAUGGGCGGUAAGUUCAGAGCUUGAGCUCGACCUCGAGCACGACGCAAAGGGCGGAGAAGGGGAACUGAGUUAUAGUACAAGCGAAAGACAAAAUGGUCCUGUCGAAAUUGGAGUGGUCCUGGGCUCCGGAGGUCACACAUUCGAGAUGCUACAGAUAUUGAAGCUCAUCAAAGAUGGCAACAUAAGUUUUCACUUUUUUUACGCAAAUAAUGACCCAUUAAGUAGGGAAAAGGCAGAAAAUGCUUUAAAGGAAUACAAAAAGGAUUUCUUUGCAAUUCCAAGAUGUCGAAAUGUUGGUGAAUCGUACAUACGGUCAUCCAUGAAACUAUUUGUUGCAUUCAUUUAUUGUUUAUUUUUAACAUACAGAAUGAAUAACAUGAAAGUGUUAAUGAUGAAUGGCCCAGGAACAUGUCUGCCUGUUGCAUUUUCCCUGUUAUUCAGAAAAUAUAUUUUUUUUAAAAAAAUAAAAAUUGUUUAUUUGGAAAGUGUUUGUAGAAUAUAUUCCCUCUCCCUGACUGCAAAAAUUUUGUAUAAUUUUUCUGAUUUGUUUGUUGUUUUUUCAGAACAUUUGCAGAAAAGGUACAAAAAGGCCAAGUAUUAUGGUUACUUGUUCUGA